GCGGGCUGAGUGGGUCGCUGGUCGGGAUGUGCGCCCUUGUGCCACCCUCGUCCCUAGGCUUAAGCGCGGCGCGACUCCAUGGCAGAUAGCGGCGGCCUGGGCGCCGGGGCCGGACCCGGGGCCGCACUGGGGGUGCUCCGCGCUCCCCUGGCGCUCCUGGCUCUGGGGCUCGGCGCCUACUGCCUCUGCGCCCUUCCGGGACGCUGCCCGCAGGUCGCCCGCGUCCCCACGCCGGCCCCCGCCCCAGCCCAGGCACCCGUUGCGCACCGCCUGACCUUGGCCAGCGGCCCGGGCCGCCGGCGCUUCCCGCAGGCACUCAUCGUGGGAGUGAAGAAGGGCGGCACGCGAGCGCUGCUGGAGUUCCUGCGGCUGCACCCCGACGUCCGCGCACUUGGCUCCGAGCCCCACUUCUUCGACAGGUGUUAUGAGCGCGGCCUCGCCUGGUACAGGAGCCUGAUGCCACGUACCCUGGAUGGGCAGAUCACCAUGGAGAAGACACCCAGCUACUUUGUGACACGGGAAGCCCCUCAUCGAAUUCAUAACAUGUCCCCAGAUAUGAAGCUGAUCGUGGUGGUACGGAACCCGGUGACCCGGGCCAUCUCUGACUAUGCCCAGACCCUUUCCAAGACCCCGGGCCUGCCCAGCUUCCGUGCCCUGGCCUUCCGCCAUGGCCUGGGCCCUGUGGACACAGCCUGGAGUGCUGUGCGUAUUGGUCUCUACGCCCAGCACCUGGACAACUGGCUGCACUACUUCCCUCUGUCCCACUUCCUAUUUGUCAGCGGUGAGCGGCUGGUCAGUGACCCAGCUGGAGAGGUUGGUCGGGUGCAGGACUUCCUGGGCCUCAAACGGGUUGUCACAGACAAACAUUUCUACUUCAAUGCCACCAAGGGCUUCCCCUGCCUCAAGAAGUCCCAGGGAAGCAACCGUCCCCGCUGCCUGGGCAAAUCCAAAGGCAGGCCCCACCCCCGCGUGCCCCAGGCUGUGGUCCAGCGCCUGCAAGACUUCUACAGGCCUUUCAAUCGCAAGUUCUACCAGAUGACUGGCCAGGACUUUGGCUGGGACUAAGCAAGGCCCGGCUAUCCCUGUCCUGGAUGCUUGGAACCUUAAUUUAUGUCUCCCCAUUGGCCAGAGCACCUUCCUUACACAUGCUCUGGAGAAAGAAUAUUUAAGAAAUAAAGUCUGGAUCUACGUUCUUCUACUUGA